AUGAUGGAGACGCGGCUCCCCAAAGCGCCAGAGAAAAGGCAAGUGACUGCCAUUUUUUUCUUAUUACUACUGUGGGAGGCGGGCAGCGCUACCAUUAACUAUUCAGUCCUAGAAGAGAGGGACAGCGGCUCUUUUGUGGCCAACCUAGCAAAAGAUCUGGGGCUGGGUGUAGGGGAGCUGGCCGAGAGGGGCGCCCGGAUUCUUUCCAAAGGAAACAAACAGUAUUUGCAGCUCGAACGGAAGAGUGGGAAUUUGCUCCUGAAAGAAAAAUUGGACAGGGAGGAGUUGUGCGGUGACACAGAUCCAUGUAUACUGCAUUUCCAGGUGUUACUGAAAAAUCCGGUACAGUUUAUUCAAGGUGAACUACAGCUCCAAGAUGUAAAUGACCAUGCCCCAGAAUUCUUGGAAAAUGAAAUACUCCUGAAAAUCUCUGAAGGCAGCCAUCCAGGGACUUCAUUUCCUUUGAAAAUAGCUCAAGAUUUGGACGUAGGUAGCAACACAGUUCAGAACUACACAAUUAGCACCAACUCCUAUUUCCACCUUUUCACUCGCAAUCACAGCGACGGCAAGAAAUACCCAGAGCUAGUGCUGGACCAAGCGCUGGACCGCGAGGAGCAGCCCCAGCUCAGGUUAACCCUCACAGCGCUGGAUGGUGGGUCACCGCCCAGAACUGGGACUUCCCAGGUUCUCAUAGUGAUUGUAGAUAUCAAUGACAACGCCCCUGAAUUUGCUCAGCGGCUCUAUGAGGUGCAGGUCCCAGAGAACACCCCUAUAGGUUCCCUUGUCGUUACUGUCUCUGCUACAGAUUUAGAUGCUGGGACCCACGGGGAGCUCUCCUACUCAUUUUUCCAAUACUCAAAUCAAAUCAUUCAGGCUUUUGAAAUAAACUCAAUCACAGGAGAAAUUAGAUUAAAAAAGGUGUUGGAUUUUGAGGAAAUUCAAUCGUACCAUGUGGAAGUUGAGGCCUCAGACGGCGGGGGUCUUUCAGAAAAAUGCACCGUAGUCAUAGAAGUGAUGGAUAUAAACGACAACGCCCCGGAACUGACCAUGUCCUUACUCAUCAGUGAUAUUCCAGAAAACUCCCCAGAAACUGUGGUCGCUGUUUUCGGAAUUUCGGAUCCGGACUCCGGGAACAACGGAAAAAUAAUGUGUUCCAUCCAAGACCAUCAUCCUUUCCUUCUAAAACCUACCGUAGAAAAUUUCUACACCUUGUUAACAGAAGGAGCACUAGACAGAGAGCGCAGGGCCGAGUACAACAUCACCAUCACUGUCACAGACUUGGGGACACCCAGGCUGAAAACCGAGCACAGCAUAACCGUGCGGGUCUCCGACGUCAAUGACAACGCCCCCGCCUUCACUCAAACCUCCUACACCCUCUUCGUCCGCGAGAACAACAGCCCCGCCCUGCACAUCGGCACCGUCAGCGCCACAGACAGAGACUCAGGCACCAACGCCCAGGUCACCUACUCGCUGCUGCCGCCCCAGGACCCGCACCUGGCCCUCGCCUACCUGGUCUCCAUCAACGCGGACAACGGACACCUGUUCGCCCUCCGGUCGCUGGACUACGAGGCCCUGCAGGCGUUCGAGUUCCGCGUGGGCGCCACAGACCGCGGCUCCCCGGCGCUGAGCAGCGAGGCGCUGGUGCGCGUGCUGGUGCUGGACGCCAACGACAACUCGCCCUUCGUGCUGUACCCGCUGCAGAACGGCUCCGCGCCCUGCACCGAGCUGGUGCCCCGGGUGGCCGAGCCGGGCUACCUGGUGACCAAGGUGGUGGCGGUGGACGGCGACUCGGGCCAGAACGCCUGGCUGUCGUUCCAGCUGCUCAAGGCCACGGAGCCCGGGCUGUUCGGCGUGUGGGCGCACAAUGGCGAGGUGCGCACCGCCAGGCUGCUGAGCGAGCGCGACGCGGCCAAGCACAGGCUGCUGGUGCUGGUCAAGGACAAUGGCGAGCCUUCGCGCUCGGCCACCGCCACGCUGCACGUGCUCCUGGUGGACGGCUUCUCCCAGCCCUACCUGCCGCUCCCGGAGGCGGCCCCGGCCCAGGCCCAGGCCGACUCGCUCACCGUCUACCUGGUGGUGGCGUUGGCCUCGGUGUCGUCGCUCUUCCUGUUCUCGGUGCUCCUGUUCGUGGCGGUGCGGCUGUGCAGGAGGAGCAGGGCGGCCUCUGUGGGUGGCUGCUCGGUGACCGAGGGUCCCUUUCCAGGGCAUCUGGUGGACGUGAGCGGCACCGGGACCCUGUCCCAGAAUUAUCAGUAUGAAGUUUACGUGGCAGAAAGCUCUGAGAGCCAGUUCAAGUUUCUUAAGCCGAUACUUCCCAACUUCCUGGGUGAAGGGACUGGUGGUAGGGACAGCGAGACAAAUUCCAACUCCAGGAAUCGUUUUGGGUUCAAUUAGGAAUCCAACAGACAACACGUCAUGAUACAUCAUAGAAUUCACUGAAUGAUCUAUAAGUUCCCAAUUCUCUCAUUUACAUAGACCCAAAUAUUCACACGUUAAUAACGGCUGUCAUAUUUGUAGCUAUUUCUAUCUGCUGGACUAUUUCCCAUUCCCUCUAGUUUUUCUUGUGAUUGUUGUCAACUAUCUUAGUUAUAGCUUGUUCACACAAUCGCAGAGCAGAGAAAUGGUGUUUCCUAGGGUGGUUGUUGUUUAGUCAGAUUUUGGAACUCACAGGUGUUUUCUUGUUCCCAAUAUUUGAACUCGUUCGUUGAUAUGUUAUGAUUAAGAGAAUGGUAUUUGAAACUUUCUGAUUGUCAUCAGCAUGACUCUAACUCUAUUGUAAAUGACAACAUUUAGUUUAGAAAACAAUUUUCAUUUAUGCAAAAAGUUUAGCAAUCCUGUAAAUUGUUGCAUUUCUAUUGUGUUUUCAAAAACACUACUUUCCUCAAAUGAAUCAAUAUUUUACCUAGAU